UGGGCUACACCCUGCCUUGUGUUCAUGUCUGAGGUCGUGUCCUCUAUUUGCUGAUCUCAGGUCAGUUUCUCCUCCUGUAUAAAUUACUUAAACGUGAUCCUCCCAGACAAAUCUGCCAGUCAGAAUUCGGUAUACAUACACGGAGAGACAGACGAGCAGCAUGAGAACCACCGGGGGGAUUUUUCUGUUUUUACCCUGUGUCUUAUUCGCUGCAGGUAAAUUAACCACACACAAAAAGCAACGUAUUUCUCAUUUUUUUGUAUUCAAAAUACGUAAAUUCAUUUUAUUUAAUGAAAAGCUCGAGAGCCGAAGCCUUGUCCUACACCAGUGGAGUAUCCAUACACCAGCCUGGACCUGAAGUACAGCAGCAGACAGAAGUUCAGCCACAAAGAGAAAGUUUAUUACCGCUGUGCAGAGGACUUCACUCCAUCCAGAGGAGUCCCUAUAGUUCAGUGUGUGGACGGAGCAUGGACGAAGCUGACCCUGAAAUGCGAUAGUAAGUGGUCUUUUAUUCUGUUACAGCAAAAAGGGGUGAUUUUUCUUUUAAAUGACCGAUUAUUAAGAUGAAGUUUACAGUUGUUUUAUUUAAAGCGACAACAGUGAAGCUCAGAAGCAGUCGAGAGCCCCCCUGUGGCCAUGUGGGAAAACUACAGGCGAUGCAAACAGACAGAAAUAUAAAGAAGUGUUAUUUAUUUAUGUAUUUAUUGUUUAACCCUAUAAUGCCUUUUGUAUCAUAUUUCAUACAUACUUUUAUAUAUUUAUGAAAUCAAGAUUAUCAGCAAAUUACAAAAAAAACUGAAUACAGUCAGAUAAAUGAUAAAAAUGUCCUCUUGUAGUUUACCAGUCUCCAAAAACAUAUAAUGUAUCAAACGAGAUAAAUAAACAUAUUCGUUAAAUUUUAAGGACAUUUUGAUUGUUUUGGUUUUCAGUGGCAAGUGAAAUAAACAUUUCAGCUCCAUAAAAAUAUGAAUUUUCUGGCCAUAAUUUGUAGUUUCAGGCAUUAAAGGGUUAAGCAUUAUUAUUAUUCUUGUCACAAUCUUCAAUUCAACACUGCCAUGUCUUCAGCAGGGUCAAAAUUUACAAAAAAAGUUAAGACUCAUAGCUUUACCCCUUAUUUUUUUCAAUGAUACUGUAAUUUAGGUUUCAUGUUUUUCUAAAUAAAUGUCUGUAAAAUUGUCAGAAUUCAAACAUAUAAUCUUAAAUAAUUGUGGAAAAAAAUAGUAGAAAAAGCAGAAUUGAGAAACUAAUGGUACUGUUUAGACUUUCAUAACAAAUAUCUCAAAAAUCACUAUUCUUUAUAAUCAUAUUAACCUCUUACCAGCCUGAUCCAAGGCUGGUAAAGCCUGCCUGAUUGGUUCCAACAUUUUGUUGAAAAAACCUAAUUGGUAACCCAAAAAUUGGAACAGAUUUUCUUUUAUUAAAAACGUCGUCCACCUGCUCAAACCUAUUUCACUGAUCAUUACUGCACUUACUGACCUUUUACUGUCUUUUUGGUUUAACAGAGAGAUCGUGCGGUAAUGCUGGAGAUCUACUAAAGGGCUACUUCAACUAUGAAGGAAGUUCAUUUAUUGGAGAGAGAGUCCAAGCAGUGUGCAAUGAGGGGUGAGUUAAAGCCUGAGAGAGUCCUGUAAAGUUUGGUUAGUCCUGUAUGAGUCCUUCAAACUUACAGAGCAGUUUUAUCUCCAUGUUGACAGUUACACCCUGAAAGGACCGGAGUACAGGAUUUGUAAGAGAUCUGGCUGGACUGGUGGAUUCCCGACAUGUGAAGGUGGGCAACAGUACGUCAGAGCGUGCUCUUACUCAUUAUCUGAAACCUGCUUAAAACCAAACCUAUUUAGUGAUGAUGAUGAUGUUUAAUCCCUUUAUUUAUUUCAACACAUUUUCAGGUUGUGAAAUACCAAAAUAAACAGAUUAAAGAUUAGAUACGUCAUGUUUUUGGGAAGUUGUUUGCGUCAGACAUCCAGACUUAGAUCUACAAACCAACGUCACAGUUUCACACAGCAGGAUUAGGAGUUUCAGUGUCUUUAAGCCUCAAUAUUAGGGUCACAGUCAUAACUUCUAAUCAUGAUGAAGAUAACCUUUAAACAAACGUGUUAUUUUCUCAUUUUCAGUGGCACAGGUCACCUGCUCCCCCCCUGUAGUCACAAACUCAGUCAGCAGCAGAGAUGUGUCAGUGUACCAGCUGGGAGAAAGCGUAAACAUCACCUGCAGUCAGGGUUUCCAGCUGGACGGCGCUCAGAGGAUCACCUGUGGUCAAGACGGCCAGUGGCAGCCCAAACCCCCCAGAUGUCAGACUCGGUUACCCGAUAAAGAGGGUGAGUUUUGAAGAGCACACUCUGAAGUUACUCGAAAAGUUUGCUCCUGAUCUAACACUCUUCUCUCUCUGUUCAGCUGAUGGGUGUGGUGUGCCAGAUAACAAGAACUCCAACGCCAAACUGGCUGAGAAGUACAUCACAAAGACGUCUUUCUCUUCUGGUGAAAGAGUGCAUUACGUGUGUGACAUCGGAUACAAUAUGGCAGGUGGGAGCAGAUAUCGCAGGUGCAGCAAGGGGAAGUGGUCACCUCUGAGGCUCAAAUGUGAAUGUAAGAACUUCUAUGUUACCCUGUAGGCCUUUUUUUUUUUUACAGUUUCAUCUUAAUGUUUGUACUACUUUCAUAAAAAAACCCCACCAGUGAUACCCAUCAUAAAGAUAUAAGACUGUGUUCCACCUUAAAUUUGAUGUAAAAAUAAACAGAUGCACCCUACAAGGUUUUAAAAUGACCUUUUUUUCAUCCUCUUAAAGUGCAGAGCUGUGGCUCUGCAGGAGAGAUCAUACACGGACAGUUUGAAUACACAGGAGCGGAGUUUGGAGACAUCGCCACAGCCGUGUGUGAUGACGGGUGAGAGAAACCUUCACGUUUCUUACCCUGCUCGAAUUUUUAAACAUACUCUAUUUCUCCAUGUCUAAAAUUGUGGCCUCACUCAUCAGGUACAAUCUUGUGGGGCGAGCACAGAGACACUGCAUGAGCGGAGGCUGGGACGGACGCAUCCCUGUCUGUGAAGGUGAAGUGAACUUACAUCCCGUCUUUAGCUGUGUGGGCUUUUAUGUCUGUGCUUUUCAGCUAAGCCAACACUGUUGAGUCUCUUGCAGCUGCGGUCUGUGAAGCUCCUCCACCAGUAGAAAAUGCAGAUAUAACCAGCCCUUGGGAGGAAGUCUACACAUACAGGACAGUGAUCAGCUACCAGUGUCAGAAAGGAGUCCUCAUUGGACAAAAGGAUAUCUGGUGCACAGAGAGCGGGGCGUGGAGUCAUCCUCCCCCGACAUGCAAAGGUCCUACCUGCUGUUAAAGAAGAGCUCAUUUUUAUUCUAGUCACAAAGAUUGAAAAUCAUCCCAUCAUGUGUGUGUUUAUCUCCUCACAGAGAUAACAUGUCCACCUCUGAAUGUGCCCAAUGCCUCCUGGACAAACUCCCUCAAGGCGGUGUAUCACCCCCGUGAUUUUCUAUCAAUUCAGUGUUCCCCUGGUUACAUGAUGUACGGCCCGAACACUCUCACCUGUGGCGUUGAUGGUCGGUGGUUGCCUUUCUUCCCUGAAUGUAAACGCAGAUGUAAGUAUAGAUCACAUCCCCAACUUUGAGAAAUGAAUGUAUUCUGUGUAAAAUGCUGAAAUGACACAGAUAUAGAUGGUUUGCAAAUCAUUUCAACACUGUUUUUAACUGAAAAGACGGCUUAUAAAGGUUGAAAAAAAAAUUAUAACACUUAGGAUGCAAGCAACACAUUUCAGGACAAUGAAACACUGAAAAAGAGGAGUCAUUUUUAAGAAAAAAAAAACAUUUCCUGACCAAUUAGGAUCAUUUGAAAGAAGUAAGGAGUGAAAAAAAGCUUUAAAAGUUUCAGAAUAGAAUAGAAAUAGAUAUGAAAACAUCCGAUUGUUUAUAAUAAAUGAAGUGAUGAAAUACAAUGGUUAACAAACUCCUAAGUUACUAUAUUUCUGUUUCAACAUUAAAUACGUCAUCUUGCACCAUUUUAAGUUUCAUAAAGAAUUCAAGUGAUUUGCAAACAAUCAAAUUCUGCUUUCAUUGAUAUUUUACUCAGUAUCUCAGCUCUUUUGAAUCCGUACAUCAAUGUCAGAUUCCUGUUUUCUAUCUUUGAUUUCAGCACGUUAUAGCUCCAGAAGAGGCUGACACUCCUGAGUGAAAUGUGAGUCAGAGACAGAGGGAGAUGAAAAAAGAGGCGUCUUACAUGAGCAAAAUAUCUGCAUUUUUAAAGAUACAAUUCUACCCUGUUCAGCCACCUUAUAAUAAUGCACUGUUGUUGAUAUAUGCUCUAAUUAGCUCAUGAAACAUGUACAAAGUAAUAUUACAGCCAUUAAAAUGUGCCUGAAAUGGAGCUGAAGUACAGUAUGUUUAUUUCGAUAAGUGUUUUGGGCAGUAACAAGUACAAACUCAUUUCAUUCACCUCUGUACAUAGUUUUCUUUUUCUUACAGUUGAUAAUGUAAUGUGUAUCAUCUCUAAAGACUAAAACGGUGAGUGAGCAUUUCAUGAAACAAACAAGCUACAAGAAAAAUAAGAACACCAAUUCCAUUCAUUUAAAAAGACAAUACAAAAAAUCCAGACAUUUUCUUUACAGGAGCAAUAACAAUUCAAGUGCAAAUAUCAUUAUCAACUCUAUGAUACAUCAUAGCAAACUCUCGUUAGAAGGCAACAAUUCAAAACAAAAAAAAAAACAGGUUGCAGGAAAGAGGCCGAUUCAGGUGGCAGGGAUUUAAUGGGCUAAGUGAGAACUCUAGGACGCCGCCUGUUUGAGUGAAGUACAUGGAAAUAAAAAUAUUAGAUGUACUUAAUCUGUGACUGAAGCGAGGAAAAGAGGAAUUUUAAUCUAGCGCAAAUUUGUGGCUUGGACCAGUUUCACCCACGACUUCUACAGUGGGAUCUCAGAAUCCCUGUUUUCUUCUUAAAGUCUGGACACUUAAAACUCAGUUGAGUAUAAUAACUGAAUGAUAAGAGCACCAAAUCACUUAUUUCUAUUUACAGGAGAGGGGGGAAACUUUUUCUCUUUAAAUUUAAUUACAUAUCUGGGACCAGGGGCAUUGGGUUAAAUAUACAAGAUGAGGGAAUUAGGGAUUAUAAUUGUUCUCAUUUGACUGGCGCAUAGUAAUGAUGACUUUAAAGGAAUAGCCCGUGAAUAUUUGGGGAAAACUUUUUCACUUUCUUGCUUUGAGUAUCUUUGCGAACUCAGACCUCAGGAAGUCUUUUCUCCUGGUCAGAGAAGCAUCUUGAAACGACAACAUUUUGACAAGCUGGACACGACGUAUUCCACCACAGCAGUAGUGAGUGACUAGGUAGAGUUUUUCAUUUGACAGAAAC